CUCUCUUUGCUUCCCCAAGUGUUGCAGAUCAACAAGGAUGAUGUGACUGCCCUUCACUGCAAAGUGGUGUGUCUCAUUCAGAAUGGAAGCUUCAAGGAAGCCCUGGGUGUAAUCCACACCCACACCAAAGUGUUAACUAGUGACUCCAUCACCUUUGAGAAGGCAUACUGUGAGUACAGGUUGAACAGAAUUGAAAGUGCGCUGAAGACCAUUCAGUGUGCCAGCCAGCAGACAGACAAACUGAAGGAGCUGUACGGACAAGUGUUGUACAGGUUGGAGCGCUUUGACGACUGCUUAGCCGUGUAUCGGGAUCUCAUCCGGAACUCCCAAGAUGACUAUGAGGAAGAAAGGAAAACCAAUCUUUCUGCAGUGGUUGCAGCACAGAGCACAUGGGAGAAAGUGGAGCCAGAAGAUCUGGGCCUCCAAGAAGGCUCCUAUGAGCUGUGUUAUAAUUCUGCAUGUGCAUUGAUUGGGCAAGGCAGGCUGACUGAGGCCAUGAAGAACCUACAGAAAGCAGAAGAUCUGUGUCGCCAGUCGCUUUCGGAAGACACUGAUGUGACGGAGGAAGACAUUGAGGCUGAGCUGGCCAUCAUUCAUGGUCAGAUGGCCUAUAUCAUGCAGCUGCAGGGGCGUACAGAGGAUGCGCUCCAGCUUUACAAUCAAAUAAUCAAACUAAAGCCGACAGACGUGGGAUUGCUUGCUGUAAUUGCAAAUAACAUCAUUACUAUUAACAAGGACCAAAAUGUUUUUGACUCAAAGAAAAAGGUGAAAUUGACCAAUGCAGAAGGUGUGGAGCACAAACUCUCCAAGAAACAGCUGCAGGCCAUCGAAUUUAACAAAGCUUUACUGGCUAUGUACACCAAUCAGGCCGAUCAGUGCCGCAAGCUGUCAGCGAGUUUGCAGUCCCAGAACCCUGAGCACCUGCUGCCUGUGCUGGUCCAGGCUGCCCAGCUCUGCCGAGAGAAGCAGCACGCGAAGGCAAUAGAGCUCCUGCAGGACUUCUCGGAGCAGAGCCCUGCUAACGCGGCACAGAUCAAGCUGACGAUGGCCCAGCUGAAAAUCGCUCAAGGCAGCGUCACCAAAGCAUGCAUCAUUUUGAGGAGCAUAGAAGAGCUGAAGCAUAAGCCAGGCAUGGUGUCUGCCUUGGUGACGAUGUACAGCCACGAAGAAGACAUUGACAGCGCUAUCGAGGUCUUCACGCAGGCGAUCCAGUGGUACCAGGAGAACCAGCCCAAGUCUCCAGUUCACCUGUCGCUGAUAAGGGAGGCCGCCAACUUCAAGCUGAAGUACGGGAGGAAGAAGGAAGCGAUCAGUGACCUGGAGGAGCUGUGGAAGCAAAACCCCAAAGAUACUCACACGCUGGCCCAGCUCAUCUCCGCCUACUCCCUCGUCGACCCCGAGAAGGCGAAGGUCCUCAGCAGACACUUGCCCUCGUCGGACUCGAUGUCUUUGAAAGUCGACGUGGAUGCGCUCGAGAACUCCCCCGGGGCGACCUACGUGCGGAAGAAAGGCGGGAAGCUGACCGGCGAGAGCCAGCAGAAAGAGCAAGGGCAAGGGGACGUGAAGAAAAAGAAGAAGAAAAAGAAGGGGAAACUGCCCAAGAACUACGAUCCCAAGGUGACCCCGGACCCUGAGCGGUGGCUGCCGAUGCGAGAGCGCUCCUACUACCGUGGCAGGAAGAAGGGCAAAAAGAAGGAUCAGAUUGGGAAGGGCACCCAGGGAGCAACGACAGCCGGCACGUCUGAGCUGGAUGCCAGUAAGACAGCAAGCAGCCCGCCUACCUCCCCACGGCCUGGCAGCACCACGGCCUUGUCCUCAGCGGCCACAAGUAACAUGAUUCCCCCCCGGCACCAGAAGCCUGCUGGCGCUGCGGCAACCAAGAAGAAGCAGCAGCAGAAGAAGAAGAAAGGAGGCAAAGGAGGCUGGUGAGAGCAGCCGCCGAGCUGGCCUUGUGUGGGACGCAGCUCCCUGCCUAAGGUGCUGAGAACAGAAUAAAGGUCAGAGUGAGACACAGCAGAGUCCCGGCUUCCUUCCCACUGUCUUGAAAAGGGCCCUCCUGGGCUUGGUUUCCUCUGCAGUGGGGAGGGGAGGGGGAAGCUUUUCCUCUGUCACUGGAAGUUUAGACACCAAAAAAUAAAGACAGUUUUUGCCAAGCAA